AUGACAGCCUGCUGGGUGCUGACAGGGAUCUUCGGCGGGGUCGUGUUGCUCUACGGCCUAAUAGAGAUCCACUACUUUCUGCGCAUGUUCUUCACCGUGUUCUUCGCGCGUUUCUGCAAGAAAAAGGUUCACAUCCUCGACGAGACCACUAUCUACGGUAUCUGCACGACCACCGACGUGGACACGCUCCUGUAUCACAUGAACAACGCUAGGUACCUUCGCGAGCUCGAUUUCGCCAGGGCGGACUUUUAUGAGAGGACGAGCCUGUAUCGUGAGAUAUGCUCCCAGGGAUCGGGCGUUGUGCAGGGGGCCGCGACGAUUCGAUAUCGUCGGUUCGUCAAGCCUCUGACCAUCUUUAAAAUUACGUCCAAGAUUAUAUACUGGGACGAGAAGUCUGUGUUCAUGGAGCACCGGUUCAUCACUCCUAACGACGGUUUCAUCAGGGCCAUCGCGAUCUGUAGACAGAGGCUGUUGGACUGUAGCGCCGAGGCUGUGAUUGGGUCCCUGAUGGAACGAGGUGUCAAGCAGACUGGUAACGUCGAGGCAGGCGUCAUUCAGACACCGCACGUCAGGCCUGAAAUACCGCCGGAAGUCGCCAGGUGGCUGGAGAGUAACGAAAUCUCGUCUGCGCUUCUUCGUCAGACCCCAGCGGUCACGACCACCUGCUGACAAAGGGAGGACACGCCUUCCACCGCGAACGGCGUCGUUUCCGCUUCAGUCUAUGCGACCACGACGGUAUAAAGUCGA